CUUCAAUUGGACAUUCCAGCGUUGGAAACAUUGUUUGUUUUGAUUGAUAUACAACGUUUCCAUCAUGGUGAUGAACGAUAUUGAGUUGCAAGCGCCGGUUAAUUCGCGGUUGAGCGUUUGUGGCAUUGAUUCUGCUGAGAGUAUUGAAGGUGCUGGUCCAUCAGAUCUUGGCGAUGAGUUCGUUCGUGUUGUUCAUCGUGCUAGUUCAACUAAGGUUGACAUGCCUGCUGCAGAGAGUUACCAGACGGUUUCAUCUACUCCAAGCAUAGGUCGUUUGUUCUUUGGUUGUGAGAACCGUGUUCUUACUCACAAGAUUUCACCUUCCAAUUUAUUUUGGUUGCGUGUAUAUAAGGUUGUAUUGAAUGCCGGCAUUUUGUUACUUGCGGUUGCUUACAGCUUCUACAUUAUUGGUUUAUUCGAGCCCAUUCUUUAUUUGGAUGCUGGUGAAUUGACCGACCCUGAUCUUUUCCAGCCAUUUUUCGAGACAUUGCCACAUUCUUUAUUAACUUUAUAUAGGCAGAAGGCGUAUUUCACUGUUGUUGUUGCUGGUUUAUUUUCGGUUACUUUUCCUUUUGUGAAGUUGUUUGUUACGUUGGCUGCUUAUGUAACUGCUGUUGCUCACCGUCGUGUUCAGUUGCUUUUGUUUUUUGGCGAGCAUCCCAUUGAGAAAUCUGGUAUUCGUCAGGAGAGCGAUGGUAGCAUAAAGUAUGCUCGUGAGAUGUUGAUCUUCUUAAAGUUGGUUUCCAAGUUUCAGAUGGUUGACGUUGUGGUUUUACUUUUGAAUGCAGUAUUUCUUCGAUCAGCCGUUAUUUGGGCUCGUCCUGGCCGUGGCAUGUUGUUUUUGAUAAUAUAUUGUCUAUGUUCCAUUGCCGGUGCUCAGAUGGUAAACUUUGCCGUUGAGGGUGAGAAGGGUAUUUUUGAGACGUGGUAUGCCAUUAAGUAUGCCAUUGUUCCUGAAGAGAUAUCGGUAUUUUCUUCCAUUAGUGCUCAUAGUGAGGAUGCUACUCCUGCAAAGCCUGCUGACUUACCUGUUGGCAGGCAGCGUUGGUUUGUUUCUGAGGACUUCAUUUGUUUGAUGGCAUGUUUAAAUAUUUUAUGCUGUGUCACUUUGAUGACAAAUGAGAAUUUGAUGAGCGUUGCUUUUACUAUGGACGCCAACAAGAAGUUAUCUAUUGACAAUACAACAAUGUCAUAUAAGGAGAUUCUUUCCAAUUUGCGUAACAUGGAUUACGGCAAUGUAUCAUUGGUGGUAUUAUUCUUUUUGUGUAUUUUAUUUCCAAUGGUUUUUUCCGUAUUAUUCAUCGUUUGCAUUUUGGGUUACAACUAUUGCAAGCGUAACAAAUCGGAAUUGUGUAAAGCGGUUGAGAUUGCUGACGCUGAUGACGGCGAGCCUUGUUUGGAGUAUGAAUGGGACGUUCGUUGCACUCGUUUUGUAUUUAACGUUUGCAAUAUAGUUUCUGAGUGGUCUUGUGGUGAGGUUGUUUCAUUGGCUACUAUUGCUGCGUUCACCAGUAUGACCACAGCUGACCGUGUGAAGGUUACCAUUCCUCCACUGCACACCUGUUCUGCGCUUCUCAUGAUGUGUGCUUAUGGCUUUUCAUCCUUUGUUCUCACGGCUAUAUUUUACAUAUGGAAUCAGAAUGUCAAGUUUGAGUUUAGUCACAUUCGCAUUUUUGUGAAGUAUUUGGAGAGUCCCAAUCGUGACCGCAUUGCUCGUAUGAUGUCCAACAAUCACUUUACUGAUUUCGUUCCUAUUGCUCCUGCAGGACCCCUUGAAUCUCAUACUAAUUACACCCCAAAUGUGCGUGAAUCUCGUCGUAACUACUUUUUGCCAUACAUUGAGUACGUUCGUAGCAUUUUGUAUUCCAAGUGGCUAUCAAGUGUUUUCUUCGGUUUGUUAACAGCUGCUGCGGUUUUGUUUGCGAUAUCUGCUUACACUUUAUCGCACAGUGCGCCUCACCUGAAUGUAACGGCUGUGCGCAGUUUUAUGGAUAAGGAGAUUCACGAGAUUUUUGCAUUGGGAUUAAAACAUAUACCAAACAGUGUUGGCCACUGUGAUUACAUGGCUAGUCCUCCACCAGUUCCAUGUAUGGGUAAAGGUCCUUUAUUUUCUACUCAGAAUCGUAUUCAUUUUAGUUUACAAUGGGUUAGUGGUAUACGGACGUUAUCUCUUAAGGAGGCUCAGUACUUUUUAUCACUUGACCAUCGUAUGACAUUUCAGUUUUCAUUUCACAUUGCCAAACUAGAGGCUUACAUUCAAUUGGCAGCUGUUGAGGACGAAGGCCUACGAAAUAUGUUCGCUGGAGUUGUUGGUACUCAGGGCAACGGCUUUGACUGCGACGUACAAGUAUCUAUGUUGUGUAAAAACCGUCAACCUCAGAUUCGCGACUUGCGUGUGGAUCACGUCCGUUUGAAUGGAUUCAGGGUAAUGGGUAAUCUCUACUCUAUAUUGAAUGUCUUUGCUAACAUUGAGGAGCUCAUUGGCGUUUGGUGCACUAAUGAAGCUAACCGUGUGCUGACAAGCCCAAAGCAGGUUAUUGUCUGGCGUGGCGUUUCUUUCGACAUAAUGGAGUUGGUAAACUUAAUAGUCUUUCAGAAUUGGCCGUCAAAAUUCGUCUGCCCUUCUCCUGAAAGAUGAGGUUGCACUGGUAUCUGUCUAUUUAUAGAUCCCAUUGUUUGCGACCUCUUUUAAGAAUUACAUUCCCUAAUUU